UGCACCUCUCCAGGGCGAGGCUGUUCCACUGCAGGACACUCCACAUCACAUGUACCCCGGACAGUUUCAUGGGCCCACAGCUGCAGGAGGUCAACACAACUUUGUCCUCCUAUCUGAGCCCCCCAGGGACCACAUCAUCUGGUCCCUCUUCUGCUUUUUUUACUCCAACCCAUUCUGCCUGGGACUGACAGCUCUCAUCUUCUCCAUUAAGUCCAGAGACCGGAAGAUGGUCGGAGAUCUGGAAGGCGCCCGUCAAUACGGCUCCACCGCUCGCUGUCUCAACAUUGCAGCCACCGUCAUAGUGUGCACCAUCGCUCUCAUUGUCAUUAUUGUCGUUGCUGUUGUUGCAGGUCAAGUGUCUUAUACAUUUAGAACAGGGCAUUACGGAAAAUAACUGUUGUCUUCAUUACAACUUGAAAAUUUUUCUGAAAUUCGCGAUGCUGUUUUGUGAUUUGACGGUUUCACUCCCAUCCUUGAAAAUAUAAAAUACAAAAAUUUAUUUUGAUACUUUUUUCAGAUGUUUUUCUUUUGUUUUUGUUUUUUGUCACAACUUAUUUUUUUUUUUGCAAUGCUUUGUUGCUGCUAAAUUUCUUUUAAGAUUUUUGUUUUGUGUCUGACAAAAUGCUUUCCAAAAGCUCAUGCAAGAACAUUUAUAACCAAACGCUUAAGCAGUUUGCUUUUUCAUGACAAAACUGAACUAUGUUUUAACUCAAAAUUAAAGACUGUAAAACAAAGUCAUGUGUGCUGUUUCAAUAAUAAUUAUUCUUUUUUUUAAAAAGGCUCUAAACAGCUGACAAUUUAAGAAUCCCACAUAAACAGAAACACAAAACCUCUUUUUGUGACCGAGUGAUUAUAGUACAAGUUUCUUAAGGCAAACGAGCUAAAGGACAAGAUUUUAUCAAGGCAGCGACACAUCAAGCUUACUUUUACUUUCAGUUCAUCUUAAACCACAUUUUUCCAUCCAGACCUUUGGUAGAAGGUGGGGGGAUAUGUUCCUAAAGAAAAAAAGAUUCUGCAAGCCUGACCACAUAACUUUCUUUUUCUGAAGACUUUGAUCUAAACAAACAAAAAAAAAAAAAACAAACAAAAAAAAACGGUUAAAGUACUUAUAGAGAAAAAGGAUUUUCAGCAAACAUUUUGGAGGGUGAGGUGAAAAAGACAAAAGAUCUUCUGAAAGAUAAAGUGUUUGUAUCAGCAAGGAGGCAGAUAUACAGCUCUGGUCUGACCCUUUUUAAGUCAGUGCACUU